CGUUGCUAAGGCAGAGGCGCCCGUGGGCGGGCUGGCCAAUCAGGGGUCGGUAUACCGGUGGGUCAGUGUUGCUGGGAUGCCGAAGAAAUACGGGAAAGGCUCAAGUGCGGAGCUGUGGCCGUGGCCCUGGCCGGGCCGCUGGCGGGCUCGGAGCCCACCCCGUCCUCUCUAGGGCAGGGACUCAGGCCGGGGGAGCCGGGAGACUCGGUGCCGCCUCCGGCAGCCUGGCCACCCCAGGGGCAGCCGCCGGGAUGCGGAGAGAAGCGCUGCGCUCACUCGACCUCAGCCCUCGGGCAGGACGGCAGGUGAGGUUCGGGCUCCAGUCACAGGGUUUGCUGUGGCGUCGGCCCCAGCGGUGGGUGACCUGUGCGGAGUGCAGGGGAGGGACUGAGCGCUGGGUCGCUGUCACUUCAGUCUUGGUAGUGCCUGUUGUUUGUACUAUGGAAGCGCCUAGAGUCCCACGAGGGCACGGACCCGUUGCACUAGGUAGUGUCGUAGGUCCACGUAGUAAGAGACCGGUCCCUGCCUUGAAAAGAUUAUAGUUGAAAUAGAGAAGACAGGCACAGGGUAGAGGAAGAAAAUAUUGCUAUCCCCAUUUUACCAUGGAGAAUGGGAGCUAAAGAAGAUUAAAUGUCUUGUCUAAAAUCAUGUAGGAAAUCAGCCGUAGAUCUCCCAUGGUUCAGUAGUGUCUGAUCAACAAGGGAACAUAAGAAUGGCUAUACUGGGUCAGACCAAAGGUCCAUCCAACCCAGUAUCCUAUCUGCCGACAGUGGCCAAUGCCAGGUGCCCCAGAGGGAGUGAACCUAACAGGUAAUGAUCAAGUGAUGUCUCUCCUGCCAUCCAUCUCCACCCUCUGACAAACAGAGGCUAGGGACACCAUUCCUUACCCAUCCUGGCUAAUAGCCCUUAAUGGACUUAACCUCCAUGAAUUUAUCUAUGAAUGAAGAAGAACUUCCUUUAAUUUGUUUUAAACCUGCUUCCCAUUAAUUUCGUUUGGUGGCCCCUAGUUCUUAUAUUAUUGGAACAAGUAAAUAACUUUUCCUUAUUCACUUUCUCCACACCACUCAUGAUUUUAUAUACCUCUAUCAUAUCCCCCCUUAGUCUUCUGUUUUCCAAGCUGAAAAGUCUUAGUCUCUUUAAUCUCUUCUCAUAUGGGACCCGUUCCAAACCCCUAAUUAUUUUAGUUGCCCUUCUCUGAACCUUUUCUAAUGCCAGUAUAUCUUUUUUGAGAUGAGGAGACCAUAUCUCUACACAGUAUUCAGGAUGAGGGCAUACCAUGAAUUUAUAUAAGAGCAAUAAAAUAUUCUCCCUCUUAUUCUCUGUCCCUUUUUUAAUUAUUCCUAACAUCCUGUUUGCUUUUUUGACUGAGGCGGCACACUGCAUGGAUGUCUUCAGAGAGCUAUCCACGAUGACUCCAAGAUCUCUUUCCUGAUUAGUUGUAGCUAAAUUAGCCCCCAUCAUAUUAUAUGUAUAGUUGGGGUUAUUUUUUCCAACGUGCAUUACUUUACAUUUAUCCAUAUUAAAUUUAAUUUGCCAUUUUGUUGCCCAAUCACUUAAUUUUGUGAGAUCUUUUUGAAGUUCUUUACAGUCUGCUUUGGUCUUAACUAUCUUGAGCAGUUUAGUAUCGUCUGCGAACUUUGCCACCUCACUGUUUACCCCAUUCUCCAGAUCAUUUAUGAAUAAGUUGGAUUGGUCCUAGGAUUCACCUUUGGGAAACACCACUAGUUACCCCUCUCCAUUCUGAAAAUUUACCAUUUAUUCCUACCCUUUGUUCAUCCUCCUCCUUUUGUAAUUCUUCCACAGGGACACAUGGAUUCUCACCAUAAAAAACUCACCCUGUCCAAACAUAGUAGUGCCCCUACUGACCCUAACAGUGCCCUUUCUAUAGGCAACACAGAAAUGGGGGAAACUGACAAAAACAAAGACCUUAAAAGGGAGAGCCUCGUGGAAACUCAGUUUAGUCACAGCAGAUUCCUAAAGAAAAAGCAGCAUGCACAAAGAAACCAGCUGAACCAGAAUACUUGUGCCAUGCAGGAGAGGAACAAGCAUGUUGCAAAAAAAACUCCGGAUACAGCCUCAAAGGUGAGGUCAAGUGCCAUUCUGAGAAAGCUAGCACAGAUAGAAAGCAAGAUCAUGACCCAAAAGGUGCAGAUGGAUUUUUCUGAUACUGAAUUGGACCCGAAGAUUUCGGAUGAAGAGAACUUAUCAGCCAGAUCCAGCCUGGAGGAGAGUGCAAGAGGUAGCAGCUAUCUGAAGAAAAAUGACACAGUCAAGGAAAAUGUGACACUGAGUAAAGUCCAUUUCAAGGGGAAAAGUAGCUGCCAGACAACAAAAAACAAAGUGCCAAUUAGAAAACAACUUGGUCUAGACAGUGAUGAAGAGGAAAUGAGACAAUUACUAGGGAGCUCUUUGGAGUUUUCCAGUGAAAAUGAGAACCAGAAGGAUGUCACCAAUUUUUCUAAACCUGACAGAAAGUUAUUCAUGAAGUCCAAGAUGAAGAGUCCACCAAGAACAUCUUUUCCACCCAAAAAACAGUCUUUGACAAAUCUGUUUAGCGCUCCUUCGCUACUUAGCAGAAGUUCUCAGAAAAGAACCUCUGAUAGAAUUAAUCCACAAACUCCCACUCCACCGAGUAGAAACUUGCAAAGACCAACUAGUAUGUCUUUUCAAUUGCCAACUUCAAUAAAAGACAGCUUUGCAGAGACCACUUCACCUAGAACGAACCAUAUCAAACAAAAUCAGGUGUCCUUGUCUGAAAGGAGUGAAAUCAAGUCUUUGGAUGAGUUGUUUUCAAAAGCAGCAGAUACAGAAAAUGCAACCAGUGAAAGUUCCAAUGACUUCAGAUUAAAUAUUUUGAGCAUUGAUGACUUGGAUCCAAAUGUUUCUGGUGAUAGAGAAGCAUUAAAACAAAUGGAGACAGACAUUCAAAUAAAAAAAAAAUCAAACAAGGAUUCAGAACCAAAUGUGUUUCCUGUGAAUAAUAAUGACCAAACCCCCCUUAAAGUGGUGAGUGUCCUAACUAGUACUAAUGCUGCUUCUAACAAUGAUAUGGAAGGGGAAAUCAUGACUGAAGCUGAAAUCUCUGAGGUUUUAAGUGGAAUUUCUACAGACUAUUUUAGCGUUAGACAAGUGUUUCCAGGACCUGAGGAGAGCACUGUUAAUUCAGAAUAUUCUGAAGACUUUGAAAAAUCUCUGUCUCUACCACUAUCUGAGACUACAGACAGAAAAUCCUUGUCUGAAAUGUCAGUGGGGCAGUCUAACAGCUCUGUGUAUUCCAGAAAAGAACUUUCUCCCUCACUCUCAUCACCUCAGUCUAACAAAAAAUGGCAUGAGACAGUAAGCAGAGUAACUGUGAAAGAGAUGGCUGUGCAGACAACUGAUUCUCCAUUCUCCUAUCACUGGUCAAAGAGGGAUGGCACAGCAAUCCUUGGCCCAGCUGUAGGAUGCAGUUAUAUUGAUCCAGUACCCAUUGCCAGUCAUGUUGUCACCAUGGAUGCUGUGGAAGCCCUGACGGCAUACAGUCCUGCAGUGUUUGCCUUGAAUGACCUGUUAAAACAGCACUUGAUACUGACCCAGCACUUUGUGGAGACCAUCCACCAUCUUCAUAUAUCACUUGUGGAGUCAUUGGAGAAUGAGACAUUUAAAUAUCACACACUGGCGGAAGCUAAGGAGUACAUCAAGAGUCACAAAUCCCCACCUCUGACAAUUGAGCAAGCAUUGGAAGAAGUUCAGAAAAUGAAAGAGCAGUAGCUGCUUUGACCUUACCGUAAUGAAUAACCAGAUUUACUUUCACAAGUGAGAUUUUCAGUUGCAAGUCUCAAACUGAAAUAAGAUUUUCAACUGUUUGAGAAAAGGCAGAUACUGUUACUGAAUUAAUUUUGCAUGUGGUAAGAAUUCUUGCCAUCUGUAAACUUUAUCCUUAUGUACAUGCUGUUCAAGAACAAGAAAGUAGCCUAUCACUACAGCAAAUAUAUUAGUUUUAACUACCUACAUGUCUUCAGUGGUAAGUUAGACUUAAAAUGUGCUAAGUAAGAAACAGCACAUUAAACCUAGCAAGCAAAGAAACAAAG